AUGGAAGGGUCGCGUAUAUAACUACGCUACACCUAUUUCCCAAACGCACCUUUCAGUCUUGUAGUUUUAACUCCCACCAACUCUAUUGAAAGAGCAGAGAAUCAAAGAGAUAAAACGAUACCGUACAAAACUCUCACCCUUCACUUCACUCACCCAUUUAUUCCUCUCACCACCAAACCGUGACACACUCUUUCCCUUCCCACCUUCCACUCCUUUUUCAUCUCUUCUCCAUUACUGCAACACACCUGCAACUGCACAAACAUUCAAAUUCCGCAAUUAAAUUGAAUCAUUCAUAUCAAAGUGUGAGAUUCUCAAAUAUGGAUCUCACUAAAGUCACCCUAGAGAUCUUCUCCAAACUUGAACACAAAUGGCUUUCUCAUUGUAAAGAUACCUCCACCAAAACCCGCAUUCUCAGUAUUGACGGCGGAGGAACCACCGCCAUUGUUGCCGGCGCUGCAUUAAUCCAUCUCGAAGAUCAGAUCCGUCUCCAGGCAUCUGAUCUCCACGCUCAGAUAUCAGAUUUCUUCGACAUUGUAGCCGGUACCGGCAUUGGCGCCAUUCUUGCCGCAAUGAUAACCGCCGCCGAUUCAUUCGGUAGACCUCUGUAUACUGCCAGAGAAGCCGUACAAAUUAUCGCAGAGAGAAACUCGGAACUCUACAAACUAAAAUCCGCCGGAAUACUUCGCCGCCGGCGACGUAGAUUUUCAUCGAAGAACAUGGAUAACGUGUUGAAGCAAGUGUUCUUUAGAAAAGAAGAUGCACGGAUGUUGACCUUGAAGGACACGUGUAAACCGUUGCUUAUACCUUGCUUUGACCUCAAGAGUUCGGCUCCAUUCGUCUUUUCACGAGCCGAUGCUUCCGAAUCUCCAAGCUUCAACUUCGAACUCUGGAAAGUCUGCCGCGCCACCUCAGCAACGCCGAGCCAUUUCAAGCCGUUUAACUUCAAUUCCGUCGAUGAGAAAACCUCUUGCUCCGCCGUAGACGGCGGUUUGGUGAUGAACAAUCCUACGGCUGCGGCAGUCACGCAUGUUCUCCAUAAUAAACGCGAUUUUCCAACGGUGAACGGCGUGGAGGAUCUUUUGGUACUUUCCUUGGGAAACGGAUCGUCGAACUCGAAAACGUGUGAGAGCCGCACGUGCUCAACGCCGUCGGUGGUUGACAUUGUUCUCGACGGCGUUUCCGAGACUAUUGACCAAAUGCUUGGAAACGCCUUCUGUUGGAAUCGUACGGAUUACGUCAGAAUUCAGGCGUUUGGUUUGGGGAACGAAGGAGUGAGGAAAGAUGGAGAUGUGGAAGAGGUGGUGCUGAAGGAGAGAGGAUUGGAGUCGUUACCGUUUGGAGGGAAGCGGUUACUAACGGAGACAAACGGAAAUAGGAUUGAUAGCUUCGUACAACGUCUUGUUGCUACCGGAAAACCGAGCCCACCGUUCAGUCCUUGCAAGGACUCAGCCGUCGCUACUCUUGCUAACGGCCGCUAGUGUUUUUGUCUUCUUGAAUAUCUGCUUUUUAGAAUAAUUUUUUUUAAUGCUGUAUUAACUGUAACCAAUGUUUUUUUUAAACUAGCAAUGCAAUGCCAGUUGUCAGAGUUAAUAAUUUUACUUAUGAUAUUUUUAGAGAAACGUUGUUUUCUUUUA